AUGAAUCCAGCUUCCAUCCCCACUCUUCUGCCGCCCCCAGGACAGCAAGUCAUCCAUGUCACCCAGGACCUCGACACCGAUCUUGAAGCGCUCUUCAACUCGGUGAUGAACCCCAAACCGAGCUCUUGGAAGAAGAAAAUCCUGCUGGAGUCCUUCUUCAAGGAGCCAGACUCUGGCUCACACUCCAGUCAGUCCAGCACAGAUUCAUCUGGCAGCCACCCCACCUGGCUGAGCGGCGGCGGUGGCGGCAUUGUAGCCGGGGGUGCCCAGCAUAUUUGAUGUCACUCGUUGCCCGCCUCACUGCAGCUGGGUACUGGGGCCCGGGCAGCUGCCAGCGUCACGCAGCAGCACGCGCACCUCCACCAGCAGUCCUACGACGUGAUGUAUGAGCUGCCCCUGCCUCCAGGCUGGGAGAUGACCUUCACUGCCACUGGCCAGCAGUACUUUCUAAAUCACAUAGAAAAAAUCACCACAUGGCAAGACCCUUGGAAGAUGAUGACUCAACCUUUGAACCACAUGCCUCUCCAACCUUCGACAAUCUCGACCCCAGGGCCCCAGAGAUCCAUGGCAAUGUCUCAGCCCAACCUCGUGAUGAACCACCAGCACCAGCAGCAGAUGACAUCCAAUACUACUCUGUCCCAGCAGAACCAUCCAACCCCAAACCCACAGGCUGGCUUGAUGAGUUUGCCCAAUGCCUUGACCACCCAGCAGCAGCAGCAACAGAAACUAGGGCUCCAGCGGAUCCAAAUGGAAAGAGAAAGAAUCCGGAUGCUCCAGGAGGAACUCCUGAGACAGGAAGCUGCUUUGUGUCAACAACUUCCCAUGGAAUCAGAGACAAUGGCCUCUGUUCAAGCUGCUGGGAAUACACCUGCCAUGGUCCAGGAAAUAAGACCAAUAACAAAUAACAGUUCGGAUCCUUUUCUCAAUGGCGGGCCAUACCAUUCCAGGGAACAGAGCACCGACAGUGGCCUCAGUUUAGGAUGCUACAGCAUACCAAAGACUCCUGAAGAUUUCCUUGGAAAUGUCGAUGAGAUGGACACAGGGGAAAAUGUAGCGCAGACACCGAUGAAUCUAAAUGCCCAGCAGAUCCGUUUUCCCGACAUCCUUGACGGUCUUCCUGGAACAAAUGUUGAUCUCGGGACUCUGGAGUCAGAGGACCUGAUUCCAAUCUUCAAUGAUGUGGAGUCUGUCCUUACCAAAAGCGAGCCUUUUCUGACCUGGCUGUAA